AUGAGCGGAGGAGCAGGCGCGGGCCGGGUGCUGAUCGCGCUGUUGCUGGCCGCGUCGGUGCUUAGCGCCGCGCUGUUGGCCCCCGGCGAGUCUCCGGAGCGCGGCAUCAACCCCGCGCCGCUGAGAGGUGAGCGUGCGCCGCAGCACAGGGCUCCAGGCGGCCUUCGGCACCGCUGCGCCCUCUCUGGCCGAUUGGGUCAUGGGGAGGCCCCGCGCGACUGUCCCUGCCCUAGCGGAGAGGCACCGCCCCGCUCUUACUUAGACCAAAAAAAGCAUGUAGAGUUGAAGAUGGAUCAAGCUUUACUGCUCAUCCAUAAUGAACUCCUCGAGACAAGUCUGACCGUCUACUGGAAUUCUGAAAGCUGCUAUCAUUGCUUGUAUCAGACUCUGGUAAAUGUUUCGAGGAGUGAAAAACCUGGGAAGCCUAGCAUCGCAGCUGUGGCCGUGAGCACCCAGCAUGGCUCCAUCCUGCAGCUCAAUAAUACUUUGGAAGACAGGGAAAUUUGUAGGCUGGAAUACAAAUUUGGAGAAUUUGGAAACUAUUCUCUCUUGGUCAAACACCCUAAUAACGGAGUCAGUGACAUUACCUGUGUCCUAGUUGUCAAUAAGAAUCCAGUGGACAGUAACCUUCCUGUGACUGUCGCAUUCCUUAUUGGUCUAGCUCUCAUCAUUGCGAUAUGCUUUCUAAGGUUUUUACUGAGUUUGGACGACUUUAAUAAUUGGAUUUCGAAAGCAAUAAAUUCUCGAGAAACUGACCGUCUCAUCAACUCUGAGCUAGGAUCUCCAAGCAGGGGAGACCCUCUCGGGGGUGACAUCCAGCUAGAAGCGUGGCGCCUGUCUGCACCCCCGCCUCGCCUCCGCUGUGUAGACACAUUCAGGGGGAUUGCUCUUAUACUCAUGGUCUUUGUUAAUUAUGGAGGAGGAAAAUACUGGUACUUCAAACAUGCAAGUUGGAAUGGACUGACGGUGGCUGACCUUGUAUUUCCAUGGUUUGUAUUUAUUAUGGGGUCUUCCAUUUUUCUAUCAAUGACUUCCAUACUGCAGCGGGGAUGUUCAAGAUUCAAAUUGUUGUGGAAAAUUGUGUGGAGGAGUUUCCUGUUGAUCAGCAUAGGAAUUGUCAUUGUGAAUCCCAAUUAUUGCCUUGGCCCACUGUCUUGGGAUAAAUUGCGGAUUCCUGGUGUGCUGCAGCGGCUGGGAGUCACUUACUUUGUGGUUGCUGCGUUAGAGCUCGUCUUUGCUAAACCUGUGCCUGAAAAUUGUGCCUUGGAGAGAAGCUGUUCUUUUCUUCGGGACAUCGUAUCCAGUUGGCCCCAGUGGCUCUUCAUUCUGAUGCUAGAAACCAUUUGGCUGACCUUGACAUUCUUAUUACCAGUUCCUGGAUGCCCUACUGGUUAUCUGGGCCCUGGCGGCAUUGGAGACUGGGGCAAGUAUCCCAAUUGCACCGGAGGAGCUGCUGGCUACAUUGACCGCGUGCUUCUGGGAGACAACCACCUUUACCAACAUCCGUCUUCUGCUGUGCUGUACCACAGUGGGGUGGCCUAUGAUCCGGAAGGAAUCCUAGGAACCAUCAACUCCAUCGUGAUAGCGGCUUUAGGAGUUCAGGCAGGAAAAAUACUAUUAUAUUAUAAGGAUCAGACCAAAGACAUCCUGAUUAGAUUCACUGUCUGGUGUUGUAUUCUAGGACUAACUUCUGUUGCUUUGACAAAAGCUUCUGAAAAUGAAGGCUUUAUUCCAGUAAACAAAAACCUCUGGUCCCUUUCCUAUGUCACCACACUGAGCUCUUUUGCCUUCUUCAUCCUGCUUAUCCUGUAUCCCAUUGUGGAUGUGAGGGGCCUAUGGACGGGAACACCUUUCUUUUACCCAGGAAUGAAUUCUAUUCUGGUGUAUGUUGGCCAUGAAGUGUUUAAGAACUACUUCCCCUUUCAGUGGAAGCUGGCGGAUAACCAGUCACACAAAGAGCAUCUAAUUCAGAACAUUGUCGCCACUGCACUCUGGGUGUUCAUUGCCUACAUUCUCUAUAAAAAGAAGGUCUUUCUGAAGAUCUGA